AUGGCAUUUCUAGCUCUACGGGGAAUCGUUCAUAGGGACCUCGCUGCCAGGAAUGUUUUACUUCACGAAGAUGGUUCUGCAAAGGUGGCAGAUUUUGGGUUGGCUAUUCCUCCUGAACAAGCAUUAUUAAACAAUGGCGCUGCAUCAUCAUCGACGCCAUCAUCGCCCACUUCAUUCACCGAUAGGAAGAGCCAGCCUUCGCAUGAGAACAUCAUCCACCUCAACAACAAGUUCCCUAUCAAGUGGACUGCACCUGAGGCCAUCAAGGACGCUAAAAAAGGUGCAACCUUAGCAAUGAAUGCUAUUUUAUUGGUGACCUUGACUAAAGUAAUAACAUAA